AUGAGCUCCACUACGAAUGUUCUUGAACUUGGAUGGGUACUCUGGGGUCUUAACUACGCCAAUAUGGCUGUAACUACGUCCUGGGCAUAUGAAUUUUUCCUUACCUUGGCCGAUGAGGUGGCAUUUUCUACCCAGUCACAGUGGAAACUGGCAAAGCUUCUCUACGUUGUCUGCCGAUAUCUUACCUGCGGUUACUUGACGUUAGAGAUGCUCGUGGCAUUCCAACCCAUGAUGUCAAUUCAUAUGUGUCAAGUGAUAUACUCCACAAAUAGCUAUUUGGGAACUCUCAUUGUAGUGUGUGCGGAAGGUGUCUUCUUGGUCCGUGUUUGUGCAAUAUGGGGAUUCAGGAGGAGCGUGGUGAUUCUGUUCUCGAUCAGCGCACUGAUGUAUGUUAUUGCUGCCACUGUGGUCGUCUGGAUCAUCCGAUCUCCCCCUGCAAUCACUAAGUCACCCAUCCCUGUCACGAGUUGUCUUGAAACUGGCAAUGACAAAACCAUCAUAAUCCUCUACGUAAUUCUGGUCGCGGCGGAGAUCCGUGAGUAUAUCGUCAUUUUGUUUUCUAUGGUAACCGACGGUCCGCCAGAAAUAUGGGUAUUCGCACUGUACAAGGUCGCUGCGAGCUACCGGCGCGGGGGUGGUCGUAAUCGCUUGUUGGAACAGUUGAUACAUCACAAUAUGAUUUACCUGACCUGCGGGCUUGGUGAGUUGCCUUCACAUUAUCCAGUUGUAGAGAAGCGGGCAGGGCAUUUUUCUGAUUUGUGGCUCACAGUCUUCUCCUUCGGUGUCAUAUUGACGACAGCCCGUCUCAACGUGUCUUACGGUUUCAUGAUUGAGAGGUUUUUACGCAACUGGCAAGUCACUGUUCAUGCCUUUCUUGUUACAAAGAUGUAUCGCGGACUCUGGAAAGCGGAUCAGCGACAUGCUUUGCUAGAACCUGUUUCCUUCUCGCUUGCGACUUUCCAAGCUGCACCUAGAAUGACAACUCAAGCAUGA